GUCACUUGUCACCCCCAGCAGUGUAAAGUCACAUAGCGGAACAGGUCACCUGUGACAUUUUGUUUAUAGAAAAUGGAGGGUCAAGGAGAAGAAUCUAAGAUUCACUUUAUGAAACGAGCCAUAGAGCUCAGCCGACAUGCAGUAAAAGUUGGGGAUGGGGCCCCCUUCGGAUGUGUUAUUGUCAAGGACAACCAGAUUAUAGGUGAGGGUUGGAACCAUUCAAAAUCCCAGUACGACCCUACAGCUCAUGGUGAAAUUGAUGCCAUACGUAACGCAUGUCGUGCCAUGAAGACUUUGUCACUAGAGGGCGCUGAGAUAUACUGCAGUUGUGAGCCAUGUCUUAUGUGUGCAGCUGCGAUACAUAUCAUUGGAGCUUCAAAGGUUUACUACGGCGUAUCCAAGAGUGUGGUCUACUCCAUAUUGGGUCACCCGCUAAAGACCAUUGAGGAAGACCUGAAAAAUCCAACUGACCAGCGCAAAAUUCCUGCACAAAGCCUACUAUCAGGAGAAGCUCAGAAAGUUUUUGAAGAAUGGCACCAAGGAAAACAAUGAGAAAUUGUGUGCAUGCACACACACACACACACACAUGUGCACGUGCGCAUACACACACUAACCAUUUAUUUAGUUACUUGAAAAACCACUACCUUUCUGUAGCUUUCUGUACUUACAGAAUAAAGUAAUAAGACUGAAUGAAUUUAGUCUGUGAUAAUUUAUAAAGCCAUGUUAAGG